CUCUAAUAUUUAAAUAUUUAUAUAUUGACACGUGGCUAAGCGGCAAUACUGCAGAAUGAUCCGGAAAGAAGCACAACAUUUUUGUCUCAACUUGCGCUAAACCGAACCCACCGAGGAUCUAGUCUAUUUUGAGCAGUGUGGUGGGAGAUUUUAGGCUUAAAAAUUCCACUCUGCACUUCCACUUGGUUGGUUAGAAUGUGAGCUUUCACGUUCUUCGAAACUGGAGAUUCAUAUUGCCUGAAUCUAUGCGGACCUUAACUUUAGCAAAGAGGAAAUUAUGGCUUUUAUCUGGAUGCAUAUUUCAUUAAUAUUCUGUAUUUUUCUAUUAAUGGCUAUUAACUGGUGUCCGUGGUUUUACAGAUGACAUGAAAUCAUUGCAACAGAACUAUUUCUAAAUUAAAGCUUGAUUUGCAAUCUCUUUUUUAAAAAUGAGAAGAUUCAUUUUCCCCUUUAAUGUCGAGUAGGUAAUUUUUUUUCUAGAUCUACAAGUAAAACAGGAGGACAGUGAAACUGCUGAUAAAAUUGUGACAGUAAUCAACUAUAAAAAGAAAUACCAUGCUUUCAGUCCUUGUGAUUUUAAACAUAUCUUCAAAAUGGCUUAUUGCACAACAGAUGAAAUAUUUCUGGAAAGGUGAAAUUAGCUAAAGUUUCAAAAGUCAGUUCAGUUUGAGAAAACAUGAGAGCAGUGCUCUGUGGUAUAGAAAACAAAUUUUCACAAAGUCUUAUGAAAGUAUUAUGAGACUUUACAAAAGUUCACAUAACUAGAAAACAUAGUGCUGAAGGAGACAUUUUUGGGGGUGUAUUUGUGUAACUAAAGGGCAAGAGGUUAUAUUUGAAGAUACUUAAAAGUAACUAGUCCUUUUUGGUUUUUUUUCCUAGCUCUCUCUUUUGCUUCUGCUUUUUAAAAACACAAAAUGUCUGAAUUUAAGCAGAGGAAAAAAGGUAUUUCUUCAUCCAAGACCACUGACAGCUCACAAAAGGUUGAGAAGCACAGUAAUUGUGGGAAGCUGGCAAGUCGGAGGACCAGCAAUAAUCGGAGUUGCUUUUGGAUGGAUUCACGGACAAGCUUGAGCAUAAUUUCCCUUGCUUUUUGCCUGGUGCUGACCUGGUUCCUAUUUCAGCAGUCAGGUCAAUUUGCUGAUAUGGAAAAAAAGUACAAUUUCUUACAGCAAGAAGCUGAAAAAUUCCUGGAUGUGGAAAAUAAAGUUAACUUAAUUUCUGAAAAGCUUGAGUCUUCUGAAAGUAUCCUACGAGAAGCUGCCUCAUCCAUCUCUGUGAUGACUGAGUUUGAACAGGAAAUACCUUCUCUUCAUAACAUCAUAAAUGAUAUUCAGAACAAUGAACAGACUCUCUCUAUAAAGAUGCAGAAUAUUAAUGAGAAGUUCCAAAAUGUUACAAAUUCCUGGAGAAGAAGCUUGGAUGAAAUGAACACAAACACUGGUGGUUUAAAAUCUGAAGCUAAGUUCGUACAUGCAGAAGUUACUUCCCAAAUUAAUGAAGUUGAACAAAGAAUUAAAUCCCUUUCAGAAAGAGUAAGAGAUUUGGAAGACAGUACAGCCAGAAAUAUUAAAACAUUAAAAAGGCAAGAAGAUGAUGAAUUCUCUAGAGUUGAACAAAAGUUGGACUUGCAUGCAAAGGCAGUUGAAAAACUAGAAGAAGAACAGAAUAGUCUGGUAGCCAAGGACACAGACCUGAAUCAGAAACUUGCGAACUAUGAACCUAAAAUUGAGGAGUGCAAGACUCAUUUGCCAGCAAUUGAAAACGCUAUUCACUCUAUUCUUAGAUUAUCAAGUGAAUUGCUAAGUAUGGAGAAGAAGAUAGAGGACUUGACAACACAGCUAUAUACUGUGGAAAAGGCUAUGUUGAAAACUGUUUCUGAUACAAUGGCAAUGCAAAAGGUUCUUGAAGGCAUACAGUACAAUGACAGCAUAUUGAAAGUGCAAAAUGAAGUAGUGGUUUUAAAAGAAGUACUGCAUGACAUAAAAGUACCUUCAAAAGCAAAAGAAAUCACUUUAGAAAGCUAUAACUUUGAAAUUGACCAGAAUGGGGAUAACUAAAUUUGGACAUGGGGCUUUCACUGAUGAAAGAGCACUUUAAUUUAUUAUACAUCAUGUGACUCCAACGUACAUUAAGGAUAGCUGAAAUAUUCUCAUUAAUUUAAAUAGACAUUGGAUCAGACUGAAAGGCAAACUUAUAAUAAAGAGGUUAGAGAGCAAGAAGUACUGUGUUGAAGGAGGAGAGGAGUACUUUCUUAAGGAUUAUUUUCAGCUUAUUUAUUAAAAGUUCAUUUUUUUAUUAAAAAGGAAUUUGAAGCAAAGUAUUUAGAUUUAAGAAAAAAAAAGUCAAAACCAGAGACAUCAGAUGACAAUUUAUAUUUAGUUUUCACUACUUAGUUUUUUAUAUUGUUACUCAUCGUAUUAUAUUCCAUGGACUUGUAACACAAUGAAGUUCUUACCUCUAGGCAGAUAUACAUGUACCUCGCUUUUAACGUAUUAUAUACCAUAAUGUUUUUGUGCUUGCGGUACAGGCUUCUCAAUGUCAGAGGUAGUACUGGGAUCUACAUAUUUUAUUAUGUGCAAGAAAGCACCAAGUACAUUUUUAACAGCUGAAGCUGAGAUACAACAACAUUACAGAAAACACUAGUAAAGUACCCCUUACUGAGAACCUUCUCUUGUACUGGUAUUUAUAAGCAGGGGCUUGCAUAACAGCUGGUGUUAUCUUUUAUUUCUUUGACCCCAUGCAAAUAGCCUCCUUAGACCUCAUUUCCAGCCUUCUCAAACUUCCUAAAAUCACGGGCAUAGUUUUGUUCUGCCAUUGAAAUCGCUGGACUACAUAUAGACUGAAGUUCCUAUUAACAGAUAUUCCUGCUAGAUUAUUCUUCUAUCAUUUAAUUUGCAAGUUUGGUGUGAUCAGUCACUGUAUUAGUCUGGGGUUUGAGUUUUUUUGGUUUUGUUUGUUUUGGUGCUGUUAGAAACAAGUUUUAACCUUUUCUUCUAUAGAAUGUUCUCUGCUAGGCAUUACAUGACAGGUCUGGUAUUGCUUUGCAUUUCAAA